GACUCCGUCGCUGGAAAGGCAGAGGAAGGGAGCGGCGGGAGCGCUGGCCGGCCGCCCGAGCCGGCAGGUUACCAUUCCAAAUGGGAAACGGCUCAGUGAAACCCAAGUACCUGAAAAGGCCAGACAGUCAUGCGGGAAACUGCCCUUUUGCUUGCUCAGGUGGUAGCAAGUUUUUGAAAGACCCAACUUUGAACAUCAGUACGAUAACAGGUGCUGCAGAGAUCCUGAGAAGCAAAGUUUGGGAGCUUGAAAGGGAACUGAAGAGGCAGGAGGAAGAGUUAAAUGAGCGGAAUUAUCACAUCAUUGAGCUCCAGGAGCAGCUGGCCAAGCAAACCAGGACCAUCGCAGACCUUACGGAAGAGCUCAUGUGUAAAUGCAUCCAGCUGAACAAGCUGCAGGAUGUCGUGGACACCCAGGGAGCGAAUCCCUUCAUAUUUUCCCCACUUAAAGAAGCACCUAGGGCCAGCCAAACAGGCUGCAGCAACAGGAGGAGAGGGGCCAAGGAAGGCGUGUCUGCAGAACCAACGACCCGGACUUAUGACCUGACUGAGCAGCCUCGGUUUUCCUUUGAAAAGGCAAGAGUCCGAAAGGCCUCAAGUGAGAAAAAGCUCAUCACAGAUGCCCUGAGUAGAAACCAAUUUCUGAAGAGACUGGACCCGCAGCAGAUCAGAGAUAUGGUAGAAUGUAUGUACGGAAGAACAUACCAGCAGGGGAGCUAUAUAAUCAAACAAGGGGAGCCUGGCAACCAUAUAUUUGUACUGGCAGAGGGCAGGUUGGAGGUCUUUCAGCAGAACAAACUUCUCUCAUCAAUUCCUGUGUGGACAGCAUUUGGGGAGUUGGCAAUUUUGUACAACUGCACAAGGACAGCCUCAGUGAAAGCUGUCACCAGUGUGAAAACAUGGGCUUUAGACAGAGAGGUCUUCCAAAAUAUCAUGAGGAGGACGGCACAAACAAGACAUGAGCAAUACAGAAACUUCCUCAGAAGUGUAUCUUUGCUGAAGAAUCUACCUGAAGAUAAAUUGACAAAGAUUAUAGACUGCUUGGAAGUGGAAUACUAUGACAAAGGUGAUUAUGUUAUUCGUGAGGGAGAGGAAGGAAACACCUUCUUCGUUAUAGCCAAAGGGAAGGUUAAGGUUACCCAAACUGCAGAAGGGCAGGCACAGCCUCAGAUGAUUAAAACAUUGCAGAAGGGAGAUUACUUUGGGGAAAAGGCCCUGAUCAGUGAUGAUGUCCGCUCUGCUAAUAUAAUUGCAGAUGAAAAUGACGUGGAGUGCCUUGUUAUAGACAGAGAAACCUUCAAUCAAACAGUGGGGACUUUUGAAGAACUCCAGGCAUAUCUUGUGGGCUAUGUGGCUACUCUGGCUCGCGACGAUGAAAAAAGGCAUGCUCAAGUUUCUUCCUUGGAGCAACUACCCAGUGACGUCUCUUUGGAGAGGAUACAGCUGAAAGAAAAAGUAACCCAGUUCCCUUCCUGUUCCCCAUUUCAGAACCUGGAAAUUGUUGCUACGCUGGGUGUUGGUGGAUUUGGACGAGUUGAACUUGUGAAAGUUAAGAAUGAGAACACAGCAUUUGCUAUGAAAUGCAUUAAGAAGAAGCACGUAGUGGAUACUAAACAACAGGAGCACAUUCACUCCGAAAAGAAAAUUCUAGAAGAGGCCUGCUCUCCCUUCAUUGUGAAAUUAUACCGCACUUUCAAAGACAACAAAUACGUUUACAUGCUGUUGGAAGCCUGUCUUGGGGGUGAGCUAUGGAGUAUCCUGAGGGACAGAGGGAGCUUUGAUGAAACCACUACAAAGUUCUGUGUUGGGUGUGUGACCGAAGCUAUUGAAUAUUUACAUUACAUCGGUGUGAUCUACAGGGAUCUGAAACCAGAAAAUUUAAUUUUGGAUGCUCAAGGAUAUGUAAAGCUGGUUGAUUUUGGGUUUGCUAAGAAGAUUGGCCCUGGACAAAAGACCUGGACAUUCUGUGGCACUCCUGAAUACGUUGCACCUGAAGUCAUUCUGAACAAAGGUCACAAUUUCAGUGUGGACUUCUGGUCGCUUGGGAUCCUUGUGUAUGAACUACUUACAGGGAAUCCUCCGUUUGCUGGGGUUGAUCAAAUGAUGACCUACAAUUUGAUUCUGAAAGGCGUUGAAAGGCUGGAUUUUCCCAGAACAAUAACAAAGCGGCCUGAAGAUUUGAUUCGGCGACUCUGCAGACAAAACCCUACAGAGAGGUUAGGAAAUCUGAAGAAUGGUAUCCUUGAUAUUAAGAGGCAUAGGUGGCUGAAUGGCUUUAACUGGGAUGGGCUCAAGGCAAGGAAGUUACCAUCUCCUUUGAAAAGAGAGCUGGCAGGUCCGAUGGAUUACAGCUACUUCGACAGAUACCCACCUGAACAGGGAGUCCCACCAGAUGAGCUCUCCGGCUGGGACAAAGAUUUCUAAGAAGAGAAGAGCCAAGCUUAUAGAUGGAUGAUUAUAAGCAUUCACAGAUUGUCUGCGCUAUUCAUGUAAUUCAGAUCAGCAGGACUUCUGCAUAUAGGUUCAAGUGAAUGUGGAUCGCACCCGAAUUUCUUUUGUAACUUCACAGCAUGAAGGGUUUGUCUCUAACAGUAUGCACUUUGAAGGACAGAACAGAGAGAGGGAAAGACAGGAAGCAUCACUCUGGGCUUAACUGCAAACGGAAUUCUUCAUCCCUCUCUUACAGAGGCGUGAGAAUCCUUGCUCUGGUGUGCUUUGCAUAAAAUGCCACUGGGAGUAAUCUUGGAGGAGGAAUGAAGGGGCAACGGAUAUGCUGGAAUCAGAGCAGCAUUCUGAGUAGCUUUGUGGAGGUGGCAGUUUCUGUCCUUGUCAUUUCACAGGAGGGAUGAGGAACAUCUGGCCCUCCUGACUUUGCUGAACUGCGACUCCCACCAGCCCCAGCCAGCAUGUCCAAUGGGAGUUGGAGUCCAAUAAUGUCUGGAGGGCCAAAGGUUCUCCACACCUAUCUGUCUUACAAGGUAAACAAAAUCCAUACUUAAAAGUGGAAGUUGAAAUAACUCCCUAAGACAGAUGCGGAGAGCCCUCCAGAUGCAGCUGGACUACAACUCACAUAAACACUUGAAGUAUGGUAUCCUAGAGCUGGGAUUGGCUGCAGUGCCAUGUUGCUUGUAUUCUUCAUGGGAAACUUGGGGUGGAUCCAUACCAUACAUUUAAAGUACAUUUAACACGCAUUCAAAGCAAAUGCCCCUCCCCCAAGAAUCAUGGGAACGGUAGUGUACCCUUCACAGAGCUACAGUACUUAGCAUCCUUAACAAACUACAGUUCCCAGGAUUCUUUGGGGAAGGCCAUAUGUGUUAAAUGUGCUUUAAAUGUAUGGUGUGGAUGUGACCUUGUCCUAGUUGCCCUUUAAUGUGUUAAAUGGCCCUUAGGUUUUAAUCUUUUCAUCAGACCAAGACAUUUCUCAAGUGAGAGUCCCUUCUCCUCCAUUGUUCUGGAUCUGCCAAGUACAUACAGCUAGGGAGAUCUUAGUGAUGUGAAGCACUGUGACCUCCUUAAUGAGCGCAAAGCAGGGCUGAAGAGCCUUUGGGUCUCCAGAUGUUGCUAGACUUCAACUUCCAUCAUGCCUGGCCACUGGGUAUACUGACUGGGCCUGAUGGGAACUAUCUAGAGGGCCACAAAUUCCCCGCUUUGGCAUAAAGCAUUUUUCCUUUCUUUGGUAGUAUAUGUUAGGUGGCUAUGUUUUAAAAGACUUUUUCUAAAAAAGCAUAGAUCCUGCCUAUAUUUUGUAGAAAAUGUUUAGUCUUCCAGUUUAAGCUUUUUUUUAAUAAGUGGUCCAGAAUUAGAAAUCAAAGACUUUUUUCCAUUGUGGAGCAGUGGCUUGAUAGAAAAAAUACAGAUAAGGGUAUAGGAAGCUGUCAUAUACUAAAUCAGACCUCUAGCUCAGCAUUGUCAGUGUCAACGUUGACUGACAGUGGCUUCCAGGGGUCUUCCCCAGCUCUACCAGGAAAUGUCAUGCAGAGCAUGUUCUCUGUCACUGAACUAGGGCACUUCUGAUAUCUAUUUUUUAUUUUUUUUAUUUGUUUCAUUUUUUUUAAACCGCCCAUAGCGAGCAGCUCUCUGGGCGGUGUACAAAAGAUUAAAAUACAAAAAUACAAAAUAUCACAAUAAAUAAACAGCAAACAAAAAGAUUUAAAAUUGUAACAUUAAACGCAUUAAAAUGCCUGGGAGCAUAGCCAGGUCUUAACCUGGCGCUGAAAAAAUAGAAGUGUCGGCGCCAGGCGUACUUCUUCGGGGAGGCUGUUCUAGUGCCAGUGGCAAUUGCAUCAUGAAGGAGAUACCUAUGUGACCCAUUGUGGCUGGGGACUAUGGAGGCCUAAAAUUCACCGGCUGACUACAAAACAGCCAAAGGGUUGUGGCUUUCAUAGCCCUGAAUGUUCAUCCAAGGACUGAUAUCAAUGAUCCCACAAUGGUGGUGUAAUGAAAUCUUGUUGGAUGUCACACCCAGCUUCAGCGUGGCCUGCUGUUGCUGACUGACUAUGGAUGGGUACAAAGAGAGUGGCUUUCCUUCUAAACUGCUACCGCAACCAUGUGUGGAGCCAGUUGUCUUUGGCUUUUGACUGCAUGGUGCAGUGUAAGACAAGCAGAGCUUGGAAAAGUUACUUUUUUGAACUACAACUCCCAUCAGCCCAAUCCAGUGGCCAUGCUGGCUGGGGCUGAUGGAGUUGUAGUUCAAAAAAGUAACUUUUCCAAGCUCUGAAAGAGUUUAUGCUCCCACCAUCUGCCUGGUCAUGCCAAAGGUCCAUCUAGUCAAGCACCCUGACUGUAGCACAGUGGCCAACCAGAGGCCUCUACAAAACCCGCAAACAGAACAUGAGGACAAUAGCUCUCCCCACUGUUCCCCGGCAACUGGAAUUCACCGGUGUGCUGCCCCUGACAUUGGAGUUAAUACAUCACCAUCAUUACUAGUGCCACUGGUAGCCUUGAAUUGGUCUAAUCCCCUUUAAAAGCCACCUGUGUUGGUGGCAAUCGCUACAUCUUGUGGUAGCAAAUUCCACAGUUUAACUAUGUGCUGAGUGCAAGUAUACACACAUCACACACACACAAAUCCAAAUACAGAUCAACUAGCAAUCAAGAAACAGAACUCAUGUAGCAGUCGGAAGCCUGCCUGAAUAACAGUCCAGGAACUUGGAUGCUCCAGAUAACAGUCCCACUGCAAUUUAGGUUUACAAGUAGACACUGAGAGCAAAUGGGUAGCCUGAAUCCAUUCCUUGAAGAGGGGUCAAGUUGAGAAGAUCAGUCACCAACUGAAAGCUUUGGCUGGCACAAGAAACGUAUGUGAGAGGCUGUGCAACAUGCUUAGAUUCUUUCCAUGGAGUGUGUGUGGAGGGGAUGACAUGCGGCCCUCCAGAUACUGCUGGACUACAACUCCCAUCAUCCCUGACUAUUAGCCCUGAUAUCUGGAAUGGAUGAGAGUCUGUGUCAAACAACAUGUAGAAGGCCCACAUAUUCCCCAGGGCUGCAAAAUAGAGCAAAGGGCAGACUGUAUCAGGAACAUCACUAUUAGGGAUAUAAGAGGGCAUCCUUUUACAUUUAACCCGGUAUUCAUCGCAUGCAGCACUGUGUCUGUUCCGCUACAGGUUGUCUUUUGCUGAAAACAACGUUAUUCAUCUUGCUGUCCAUGGUGGCAAAAUUGUGUAACUUACAGAAUUUACAUAAUUAAUUACUUAACUUACAUAAAUGACAAGUUGUAUUGUUAUUAAGUUAUUCCACCCCGUUCAUUCCAGUGAAAAAGAAACAAUGCAAAUGGGGAGGGAGGGCUGUAAUCAAUUUACAUAUUGUCUGCAGACUGAAAGCAGCAAAAACUGUGAAUACCAAUCGUAACUGUUGGAUUGAUUUCCAUUCUGAACUUGGGAUGAAUAAGCAAACAUCAACAAUUUCUGCUUCCGUUUCUGUUUUCGACAGAACUCUCAGACAUGCGUUAUCACUAUAAAUCAUAGUUUCCACUUGCCUUUGUGUGUGUUAGAUGAAGCAAAACGCCCCCGGCUGUUAAUAACAAUUUUAAAGAAGUAUUUUGUUUUUUACAUCUCAGCAGGACAGCUAAAUGUGCAAAAGGCAGGUUUAAGGUCCACUACCUCCAGUUAAAAGGUCUCCGCCUGGGAUUUUGGAGAGCUGUUUCUAGGCAAAAAGGAGACUUUACUGGGCAAGAUGGUCUGUCACAAUAUAAGGCCGCUGCAUAUGUUCAUCUUUAAGCAGGGAUAGGGAACCUGUGCCCUUUCAGGUGUUGUUGGUUUCCAACUCCCACCAGCUCCAGCCAAUAUGGUCAAUGUCCAGGGAUAAUGGGAGUUUGCCAUCUAUCAAUGUCUGGAGGAUGACUGGUGUCCCAUUCCUGGUCUGAAGACCUCCCCCCCCCCCGAAAGUGCUUACAGGUACCAGUUCGUAAUACCAAAGAUUGUGUGGUGUCUCCAGAGCUAUAUCUUCUUAGUGCACAUCAUCUAUAUUUUGUGCCCUAUAUUUUUAGAAGGUAUCAAAAUGUAAAAGCUCUAAAAGCUUUUUUUAAAAAUAUAUAGGUAGUUUUUUUCCAGUUUAUUUGUAUAUAUGCGUAAUUUUCAUAUAUGCCUAUUUUUUAAAUGAGAAAGUAUGCAGGAUGGUAGGUUUUAUUAUGCAGAGUGCUGCUG